AAUGGGUACACUAUGGAUAAAUCCGGCUACUCCAAGCGUUGGGACUUAUGACAAGAGCGAACCUGACGACUCAUCUGAAAGUAUAACCGUUGAGGAUAUGGCAGGCGCACUUGUUUGUAUUGGCUAAUUGACGGCGUGCAGAUAUAUAUGAGUGAGCGUUCCGAUGCUGGCAUGAGAUGCCCUCGCAACUGUAAUACAUAUAAUGAAUGUCCUGUAUUAUGUUGCCUUUAGCUGUGUAACCGCGCCACCUUAUGUGAAGACCUAGGCGUUCUCGGCCAGGUGUGGUAGAGAUGAUCAUGAUGGCAAUGGCAUAUCUCUCUUUCCUGUUAGCCCUAUGGGCCACGACGGCAUCCUGCGAAAAUAAGACUCAGUCCAUACUCAAUGACAUCGGUUUGCCGCCUGUGAGCGCGUGGCCCAACCUUGUUCCAAAGAUCAUGGCGCAGCCGACUCUUUCGGUAACCAGUAGUACACCCAAUUCGCGAGUGGCAUCCAUUCCAAACCCAUGUGAUUUUGGAGAAGACUUUUUGCCUCCGGUCUACGAGAUCACCAACAUUGAAUUCGAAAUAUAUUAUCCAGGAUAUAUCAAAUUUCCCGAAUAUGAUAUGAAUGUUACCGCUCGAGAUACCAAGAACGGAUAUACCAUGAUUUGCAAGCUAGAACGCACGGCGUCUGGACGAUGUCAUGUGGAAGGUAGUAACAUUGACCCAUACACUACUCGUUUUGGCGUGUUGCAACGCGAUAACGACACCAACAUGAACAAUGGGCUUGCGAGUAUUAUCACCCUAUCACAGAUUUGGAUAUGUGAUAGAGAAAGCCCUGGUGCUUACCCCUAUAUCUACGAGGCAUAUGGACAAACAAUGGUUCAGACAGAUUGUGUCCCGAGUAGAGAUCCAAAAGAGGAACAACGAGACCCAUGCAAUGCUACCACCGGGUUGCCUAUAGUAAUAGAGCCCAAAUGGCGCACUCCAUAUAACGAUACGCGGCUCAUCCCUCAUCCAACCUCCGGGCACGAGGCGACAGCACCACCAGCCCGUCCCGGUCGUACUAAGGACUGCACAGCGAAUGCUUUCUCUAACCCAGACAUUAUCGUAGAAGACUUCCAUUUCGUACCGCCGCCUACGAACAAAGAAGCAACAAGCAAUUCACUCAACUUUACUUUGACGAGUGUCGUCACCGGAGUCCGGGCUUUCUGUGUCCCAACUGCUGAACAAGACGACCGAUAUCCUACCCGUCUCAUCAACACCUACUGUAUAAAUGAAGAUCAAGAUCAAGACGAGGGUGAUCCAUUUCAGAGUCAGACUGAGUUCUAUGACGUGGAUUUCUGGUGGGGAGAGCAUGAAAUUGACUUCAAGCAAAGGUUCAUAUGUGGUGACCCCGAGGGAAAGCGCGAAACCAAAUUUGAUAUCUCAGCUGGGGGCUUUUUACCAUAUGUUUGCCCCAGCGUGAACAGCUCGGGUACAGAAUGUACGUCUAGCCGAACCAAGUUCGAAGGGACCAUACAUGAACCAGUUCGGUAUUUGGCCCCUGCACCGAUUCCGCCUCCCCCUGAUAAGUCUGUGCCAGGAUGCACGCAAAGAUCACUCCAGUUCUCCAGGUUCAUAGCGCAAAAAAUAUUUUACUAUCACUUAUGGUUCACAGCGAAUCCCGACGAUGACCAUCACUACAUCAAUAAUGGUGCCUAUGAAGAGCGCUCACUUGCUGUUGAGAUUCUAAACGAGGCCAACAAUCACAUAGCGACAUGCGUAUUCCAGAACUCAGGCCCAGGUGAUUGGGCUAACGGGCAGUGGUUUCCCUGUUUCGAGCCUACCGCACGACAUACUUUUCCCAAAUACUCCCUCGAGACCUGGGUGCAAUUUGAUUCGACAACAAAUAAGCUGGCUCUGAAUCAGACAUGGUAUUGUGACGAUACACAGGAAGCCACACCGAUGAAGUUUGUUGCUCAAGGCGAGACGCAUCUCAGUGGAUCUCAAUGUGGUUGGAUGAACAUCACCCAGGAUGAGGUUAUUUGCUACGGGGUCGCAAGUCCCAUUACACCUCCAGCACAUUGCAAGCCGGAGUAUGAUGUUCGGUGGUGCAAUCUAACAAAUCAUAGACCUUCCUUUUCGAUCAUCGACGCAUCGCUAUUACAGCAGAUCGAGCUACCGCGAAAUGCUUUCAAUAACCCGGACCCAGAGCCUUACCCUGAUGUCUACAGCUGCACGGUGACAUCUCUGAGCCAGCCGGUUGAGAUAGUGCUGAGCGACUUCGUCACGCGGACCCGGUUCACCGGUGGGGAUAACCAUCCAAAUCAGACGUCGACGGAUGUGAAGUUCCGCCUGGACAACUCGGCGCUGAUUCGUCGGCCUGGUGGCGGUUCGAUCGAUGUGUUCACCGGCAGCUACGCGAUGAGCCCGUACUUUGAAUCAUUCAACCCUAUUCAAACUUUUGCUCCCUACAAAAGAAAUUUUCUAAAUGAUUUGGGCUGGACUCUGCGUCUCGACCUCGCCAGACAGUACUUAGAGCUCAAUCAGAGUUGGUAUUGCGAAGAUAAGGAUCCUCAGCACCCCAUCUUAUUCAAUGCCACAUGGAAUGGAUACCUCCCCUUUUCGUGCACCCACCAGAGACCUGAGAAAAAUGUCGACGAAGCUAUCGUGUGUUCCUUGGAGGGCGACAAACCGGUCGCAACGCUGAUUCCAUUAGUGAAUUCCAAUGUUCAGUAUAAGCCCAUUUCCGAUCCUACGUGUUCCAAUAACGAGGUGUGUUUAUACCCGAGGGACCCCGACAACCCUGGCGGGGUUAUUCUUUCUUAGGCAAUCGUGUCGUUUUCACAAACACUAGUAUGCCUAUUUAUUAGUGAGCAGGGUAUUGUACAUAGGUGGUAAUGCCCAAAUAAACAGAAUAAACAGGCAGUAAUCAAUCGUGAAGCUAAGUUACGAUGAGUUAGAAGGUGAAUUUUGAUCCAUGGUAGAGAACGGAACACUGGUGGCUAGAAACACGAGGCAAACAAGUGGGAUCCCCGCAACCGCCGCGAUGAGUCAGCAGAGGGGGAUCGUCCCGAGCUAUUGGAAUUGCGAG